ACGCCGCUUUUAUUCUGAAAAAACGCGACCGGAAACUAAGGAUGCUGUUGUCUUGUCGGGGCGCGAGCUCGAUGGUGAUACGCAACUAUUGAAGCUCGAGAGCAGAACAACAGCUGAUCUACGAUCGACGCGAGCAGGGGGCACUGUGAUCAUGGCCUCAUCUACUCUUCUGUCAUUGGUCGGCCUCGUGCUCCUAACUCUGGCGUCCUCUCAGACCCUCGGCCCCUCCCUGCAGGAUCUGACCAAUAGGAACGCAGACUUCGCAGCACGGUUGUACCGAGCCGUCUCCAGCACCACUGAUGACAACGUCUUCCUCUCCACGUUCACGCUGUCCAACGGGCUGUCGGCGCUGCUCGGCGCCACCGGCGGGCAGAGUCAGGAUCAGCUGCUUCAGGGUCUCAGCCUGAGCGGCCUGGAGCCUCAGAGCGUCCCCGAUCUCUUUCAGAGCCUGAGGACCGCCGUCCUACAGGGGGGCGUGGCCUCCAACCUCAGACAGGGCGUGGCCAUCUUCCCUUCUCAGGGCGUCGAGGUGGAGUCUUCUUACCUGGACCAGGUGAAGACUCAAUUCGGGGGAAAUGUUCAGACUUUAGACUACACAACGCCGCUGGACGCCUCCGAUGCCAUCAACAGCUGGGUCCAGGGGAACACCGGAGACCAGGUCCUGGAGCUGGUGACCACCGUGGACCCCCAGACCAAGCUGCUGCUCGCCACCGCUGCAACCUACCAGAUCCGCUUCAGUCCAUCCUUUAACGCCUCCGUCACUCAGGACGAGCGUUUCUUUGUGGACAAGUAUCACGUCGUCAUGGUUCCCAUGAUGUUCCGGGCGGAUAAGUACUUCCUGGCGUACGACCGCUCUCUGAAGGUCGGCGUGCUGAGGCUGUCAAUGGUGGACGGGUUGGCCAUGUUGGUUGUGCUGCCUGACGAAGAUGUCGACAUCACCUCCGUGGAGGAGGAAGUGACCGGCGAGAAGAUCCGGGCGUGGAUCAGACAGCUGAAGAAGACGAAGUUGGAGGUGCAGCUGCCUCGCUUCCUGUUGGAGCGUUCGUACUCUCUGCGUGACGUCCUGGAGACUCUCAGCAUCACAAAGGUGUUUCAGGACGAUGCUGACAUCAUCAACAUGGGCGGAGCUGAAGGGCUCAAACUCACACAGGUUUAUCAAAAAUCUGUCAUGGCCGUCGAUGAGAGCGCGGAUGACAUCACCACAGGAGGCGGGGUCAAUGCGUUCUCCACUCUUCCUCCUCGACUGACCAUAAACAGACCCUUCAUGUUCGUCAUCUACCAGCAGACGAGUGACAGCGUGCUCUUCAUGGGCCGAGUUGUCGACCCCUCCAAGAAAUAAAAUGUUUACCUGACAGGAUGCUUAGCCCCGCCCACCUGAGUCUACACAUGUUAGUCUGUACUUCCUGUCAGUUUACAUAAAGCCCUAGCAGGUAAACCAUGUUCACCUGUUUUCCUGAGAAAAUGUAAGCAAGAAAAUAAACCUGAAGUUCUAAA